AUGGGAAAUCUCGUUCCGUGCUGUACUAGUUUAACUCCAAGAAUGUGCGCCACCGCAAAGGCGGUCAGGGUGAUCCUACCGGGCGGCGGAAUCCGGCAAUUCUGGGAGCCGGUGAAGGCGGCGGAGCUCAUGCUCGAACACCCCGGCUACUUCUUGAUAAACUCCACGUCCAUGAAUGUGGGGCGGCGCUUCUCGGCGUUGUCGGCGGAUGAAGACUUGGAAAUGGGGAAUGCGUACGUCAUGUUCCCGUUGAGGCGGGUCAACUCGGUGGUCACGGCGGCGGACAUGGCCGUGCUCUUGGAGAUCGCGGCGGCGCGUGACUCCACCGCCAAACGGAUACCCGUUGUGAGAGUGUCGCCGGAAAAUGAGGUCAACCGGUCGUCGGAGUUGGAUUUGACGUUCGAAGGGUUUGCAGAACAGGAGUUGAAGUAUAGAUUAUCGUCGUCUCGGUCAAAGCGGCCAUUGUUGGAAACAAUCGUGGAAGAAUCAGUUCCCGCUUUUUGA